GUAUCCUUCGAAAUGCCCGACCAGAGUAAUAUCGUCCCCGACUCCACCAAAUCUUAUCCUUCUAGCCGUGCCGAUAUAGCCAUUCACAGCAUACACGAUGGUCCUCGGCGUCCAGCAUCAGACGACGCCAUGCCGCCCAAGUUUGUUAGAAUGGAACGAGUCCAGGAGGCCGGUCUCUGCGCAGGCAACAAACACCUGCCCGACUGUAAGGAUAUCCCUACAAUCAAAGGUGACUCCGUCGGUGUAGUAGCUUCGCAGAAAGGGUGUUCCCACUCGAGACCUGUCACAGCCACCAAGGGAAAAGAUCGAAAUACGGCUUUGAAGACGCAGAAGAAACCAUCAAAAAAUGCACGGGUGCCGUGCCCCAAGGAGGGAUGCAACACGACCUUCGCGUCAAACUCAGAAAGGAACCGCCACGUCAGAACGAGCAGAGAUCACGUUUCGCAGGGCACAUUCAAAUGUGAUUUUUGUGGUGAUCUUUUGUCGCGCAACGACAGCUUGAGAAGACACGUGAGCACGCUGCACAAAGACGAGGACAAGCCAAGAAGGGGAGAUGAUGUAGAGUAUGAUGUGGAGUCGGAAGAUGAGUAG